UUGUAAUAGAAAUGAAGUCAAAAAUUUUUGUGUUCAUUUUAUUUAUUUUAAAAUUUCAAGCAGCUUUUGGCCAGAAUGAGAAGCUCAACUGCAACUAUUUUCUAUCUGGAUCAUUCUACACCUGCUAUUUAACCAUAUCUAAUCCAAAUGGAUUUGAUGGUUUUGCUGGUGUAAAUGGAACUCAUACAGGAAGCUACACAGACAAUGAUGUUAAAAAUAUCACAAUUUACGUCAGUUCCAAUUCAGUCUCAACAAACAUUCCGUCAAUACUUUGUGAAAAGUUCAAGAAUGUUGCAACAAUUUCUUUAAAUAGAAUUGGAAUUAAGAAAAUUGGUGUCAAUUCUUUUAAGAGAUGCAGCAAGAUUCAGAGAAUAAAUUUAGAGAAUAAUAUGAUCAAUGAGAUCCACGAGCAGGCAUUUGCUGACAACUUGGAACUGCAGUUUAUUGAAUUUUCUGGAAAUAACAUGACGACAUUGCAUGAAAAUCUUUUUAAAAAUCUGACAAAAUUACUCAAUUUGGACUUUUGCUCAAAUUUGAUAUCGGAUCUGCCAGAAAAUAUCUUCAAAAAUUUAAAAAAUCUCAAAUCACUGUCGUUGUGCUGGAAUCAAAUCUCAUACCUCAAAUUCGGAUGGUUUAAAAUACUUGGAAAUUUACAAACACUCAAUUUAGGCACGAACAAAAUUGCCGUCCUUCAACAAGACAUCUUCAAACCAUUAUCAAGCACAUCAACUAUUUUAUUAAAUAACAACAAGCUCAAAGCCAUCCAUUGCGAAUCAUUUGGUGUUCAACCUAAAUUAACAACAAUCAAUUUGUAUGGAAAUGAAAUUUUCGCAUUUGAUGAGCAGUUUAUCGAUGACACAGGGAUUGUUUCUAUUUUUAUGACUGAUAAUGUCUGUAUCAGCAAAAAUAUUUAUGAUAGUACACAGGCUAGAGAGUCAAUGAGGGCUGAUUUGAAGAAAUGUCUUGAAAAUUAUCAGAAGCUGAUUACACGCAUAUUAAAAGCCCGAGUCAUAAGUCUCGAAGGCAAUGUUGAAGAAUUCAACAAAAAGUUCCAGGAUAUAACAAUUGAGAACAACUAUUUCUCUACAAAUAUUCAGCAUCUGCUAGAUGACAAUAAAUUAUUGCACUCUCAAAUCGCAAACUUAACUAAAGAGAGUCAGGAUCUCCGAGACAUCAACAGCGAGCAAAAUGUGAGAAUUUCAAAUCUUGAAGAAGACAAGCAAAAGCUUGAAGAAGCUUUGGAAAAAUUAGAAUCAACAAUAGAAGUUCUUUUAGAACAAAAUGAAGCUCUGAACUCAACGAUAGCUUUCCAAAAGGUCUUAAUAGAUGAGCUCAUCAAUGAAAUCAAAAGACUCGACAGUAAUAUGGAAGUCAUAGCAAGGAAAGGUGAUGAAUUGGAAGAAACAAUUGAAGAAUUUUUGCGCGAUCGAGAAGAAAUGGAUGAAAAAUUAAAAUCCAUCAUUAAAAUCUUUAAAAUAAUUUCUACAGAAAUGGAAUGUGCAAAUGGAAUCAACUAGUGAUUUCUUGUAGUUUAUUAAGUUUUAAUAAAAGUGUUUGGAUAAGUUUGA